AUGUCUCUGGAGGAAUUGAGAGAUUCCAGGAAAGUCUCAUGGCACAUUUUUGUGAAAACCCUUACAGGGAAGACCAUCACCCUCAAGGUUGAAACCCUGGAUAUGACAGAAAGUGUAAAAGCUGAAAUCCAGGAUAAGGAAGGAAUUCCUCCUGAUCAGCAAAGGCUGAUCUUUGCUGGCAAGCAACUGGAAGGUGGAUGUACUUUGUCUGACUACAACAUUCAAAAGGAGUCUACUCUUCAUCUUGUGUUGAGACUUCCUGGUGGUGGUAAGAAAAGGAAGAAGUCUUACACCACUCCCAAGAAGAAUAAGCACGAAAGAAAGAAGGUUCAGCUGGCUGUCCUGAAAUAUAAAGUGGAUGAGAAUGGCAAAAUUAGUCGCCUUCGUCGAGAGUACCCUUCUGAUGAAUGUGGUGUUGGAGCAUUUAUGACAAGCCACUUUAACAGACAUUAUUGUGACAAAUGUGGUCUGACUUACUGCUUCAACAAACCAGAAGAUAAGUGUGCAUUAGUUAAUUAA